CUUAAGAUAAAAACAUAAAUAUAACCUAUAAAUCUGACAUUUCUUAUUAUUUGUUAUUGUAUACUCUGCUCCUUGCAGAUCAGCGUUUUUUUUAAGUACAGAAGAUAAGUUUCAAACAAGAUGUGGGAGUCGCAGUCUGCUAUGGAUUCGCUGACUUCAGCAGUGAGGUCGAAUAUUAUACCGAAUCAGGAGUAUUUGCUGCAAGGAUCAAUACUGGAUGUGUAUGUUGAAGUCCUGCUGCACAGGCUGAGAGGAUUGUGUGAUAACGUUGACAGUGGCCCAGAAUCCUUCAAUGAUCAUGAAUUAUGCUUCACAUUAAGAGGUAGCAACACGAGUCCACAAAUGGCAAUUCCUCUGAGAGUGAGGAGAGCUUUGGAUGUGCAAGAUGCACCUUGGCAAUUGAGGUAUGUGGGCCAGCACGAGUUGGGAGGAAGGAACAGGCCCACAUUGGUGAGAUCAAGCUUGGAUGUGGCUUGCAGCAACACAAUUGUCGAAUUCUUAACUGAGUUGGGAUGCAGAAUUGAUUUUGAGUAUAUUGCGAGAGGCUACAUGUUCAGGAAGGGAAGAAUGAAGAUCACAGUUUCUAAAAUCUUUAAGAUGGUUGCAAACAAACCUGGAGAGAGUGUUGAGCCUAUAUCACAGAGCUACUUGGUGGAGCUCUCAGUGCUUGCUCCAUCUGGACAGAAUGCCAUCGCUGAGGAUAUGAGGAUCUUUGCUGAACAGCUCAAGCCAUUAGUGGAAUUGGAGAAAAUCGAUUAUAAGAGAUUAAUACAUGUACCUUAAUUUAAGUAAAAUAUAAAAACUUUUUUUAUGUAUUCAAUUAUAAUUUAUAAAU